UUAGUGGACUCAGCUGACUGCCCUCCCUGCAUAUAUUUCAUACCAGUCUGGCAUGUGCAUUGCACUGGGCUGUGCAUUGCUAUAACAACAUAUGUUCACAUUUUCAAAGUGAACAUAUUAUAAGUGAGGCACUACCAAUAGAAUUAUGCAAGAAUUCAACAAGGAUUGGGCAAGGGGCAAGAAAAAAGCAGAACCUCCUGUCACGAGGAUACAAACAUCCAUGCCACCACCACCAGUCUUAAGGCAACCGCAAGAACAGUAUGCUCCCAGGCAUGAGUAUGGUUGGAUGGCUUCAGUUGAGGAUCUGGGAGUGAUGCCACCACCAUUGCUAUAUGACCCCUGGCAAGAUUCCUGGCCAGAGGAAUAUCCUCCCUUUGGCUUUGAGGGGGAGCCAAGACAGCCACGAAGGGUCCAUGUAUUUCCCCCCCCCCCCCACGACACAAUCUCAUGGCAGUCAGGGAUUUUACCCACAGACAAUGCCACAGGAAGUGCCAAUUGGACAGGCUGAGUGGUCACACAAUGGUCAUCAGUGGGACUAUCAACCAACCAUGAGAGCUCCACCAUCAUCAGCAAUUGGACGAGCUCUAUCAUCAUCAGCAAUUGAACGAGCUCCACCAUCAUCAGCAAUUGGACUAGCUCCACCAUCGGAAGAUGGAAAUAUAGCAGAAUCUACAUCUGCACCUCAAGCACCAUCAGAUGCAGGUGACCCUGCCCCACAUGAACCAGCAGUUGAAGCUAGCCCUGCCCCACAUGAACCAAAAGUUGAAGCUGGCCCUGCCCCACAUGAACCAGCAGUUGAAGCUGGCCCUGCCCCACAUGAACCAGCAGUUGAAGCUGACCCUGCACCUCCAGCAACAGCAGAUGCAGGUGACCCUGCCCCACAAGCACCUAGAAGCCCUGCUGCUCAAGAGCAUGCAUUGUAUUCUCCCUUGCAUGAGGAAUACAUUGCACUCCAGAGGAGGCUCAUAACAAACACAGAGAGCAUACAAAGAGGCCAAUAGAGGUUCUUCAGGAACCAUGAAAGGUUCAUCAGGAGCCAAGAGAGGAUACACCAACGUAGCAUAGAGCUACAGAGGGACAUGGAAGCAUCGUUAUUUGCAAGUGUUCAUAACCAGUCACAGAUGAUGCGAAUUCUGUCUGAUAUGCAGAUGCAAAUGGACAAUAGAUGGAGAGAACAAAAUCAACUCUUGGGUGUGUUGGUUGAGCACUUUACACACCAGCAGGACACUGCCUCCAGCCUAUCAUCUGUGGCUAGCACACCAGCAGAAACAGCAGAAUCUUCUCAAACCAGGAGAACUAGGAAAUCCACUACAGUCACCUCAGCUCCCUCAUCCAAGAAGCCAAAAAAUAAAUAAAUAUUCUUAUAGUUCACCAUAAA